ACUCAAAGACUAUAACCCCUUUUAAGAGUCCACAAAAGUUCAACAAGUGACAGAUUAACCUUUUAGGAAUCUAUCUGCUCACAAACUCUCUCUGUUACAUAUAGCACAGUGAUCACCUUCCUUACUUCUUAAAACUUAUUCUCUUUAAUUUCUUCCACUCUCGUCUUCAAUCUUCGCCUCGAAAAUUCGACGGCAAUGUCGUCAACAAUGGAAGAAUUGAUCGGAUUAACACACAAAUUGCAGAAAGCAUGCACUAAGUUAGGCGAGUUUGGCACUGAAGCAUUGCCUUCCUUAUGGAAUUCUCUUCCCUCCAUCGUCGCUAUCGGCGGCCAGAGUUCCGGCAAGUCAUCUGUUCUUGAGAGUAUAGUAGGGCGUGAUUUUCUUCCUCGUGGUUCAGGUAUUGUGACUCGAAGGCCCUUGAUUUUACAGCUAUACAAUAUACAGCAAGGAAAAGAUGAGUAUGCAGAGUUCCUUCACUUGCCAAACAAACGAUUCACAGAUUUCUCACUGGUUCGGAAAGAAAUCCAAGAUGAAACUGAUAAGGUGACUGGCAAGUCGGGGCAUAUUUCUUCAAUCCCCAUCGAACUAAGCAUCUAUUCACCCAACGUUGUUAACUUGGGAAUGAUUGAUUUACCUGGAUUAACAAAGGUAGCAGUAGAGGGGCAACCGGAAACCAUAGCACAGGACAUUGAGAAGUUGGUGCGCUCAUAUGUGGAGAAGCCGAACUGUCUUAUCCUGGCCGUAACUCCAGCUAACCAAGACGUAGCUACAUCUGAUGCUAUCAGGCUGGCUAGAGAGGUUGAUCCGGCAGGUGAACGAACGUUUGGUGUUUUAACCAAGCUUGAUCUAAUGGAUAAAGGAACAAACGCUCUAGAGGUUCUUGAAGGAAAAGCUUAUCGCCUGCAACGUCCUUGGGUUGGAACUGUGAAUCGAUCCCAAGCAGAUAUCAAUAAAAAUGUCGAUAUGCUUGCUGCAAGAAAAAGUGAAAGUAUAUUUUUUGCAACUAACCCUGAUUAUGCACAUUUAGCUAGCAGAAUGGGUGCAGUGUAUCUUGCAAAACUUCUAUCUAGAGAUUUGGAGAACGUAAUCAAGACAAAAUUACCAGGGAUUGCGUCUUUGAUUAAGGAAGCCAUUGUUGAAGUUGAAUCUGAGUUAGAUCAGCUUGGUAGACCUGUCACCGUUGAUACAGGGGCACAGUUAUACACUGUUCUAGAACUCUGCCGUGCGUUUGAUCGGACAUUUGCAGAGUAUUUAGAGGGAGGUCGAUCAGGGGGUGAUCGCAUUUAUGAAGUUUUCGGUACUAUGCUUCCAAAGGCUCUACGGAAAAUCCCCUUUGACCGUCAUCUUUCCGUAGAGAAUGUGAAAAGGGUGGUCUCACAGGCCGAUGGUUAUCAGCCUCAUCUAAUGGCCCCUGAGCUAGGGUACAGACUACUUAUUGAAGGCGCAAUUGAAUAUUUCAAAGAUCCAGCUUUAAGUUCGGUAGAAACUAUCCACAGAGUUUUGACAGAGCUAGUAAGGAAGGCCAUUGGUGGAACUCAGGAGUUAAAGCGCUUCCCUACUCUUCAACAUGCAAUAUUAUCAGCCGCAAAUGCAGCACUAGCAACGUUUCGUGAAGACAGCAAGAAGACAACGUUGCGCUUAGUAGAGAUGGAAUCAUCUUACAUAACUCCCAAUUUCUUCCGAAAACUCUCUUCCACAACUGUUGUUCCAUACACAGAGGAAUACUACCAAAAGAUUAGCUCAAAUGUGUCCUCUUAUGUCAAUAUGGUAUCUGAAACAUUGAAGAACUCAAUUCCCAAAGCUGUGGUGCUUUGCCAAGUCAGGCAAGCAAAACAGUCUUUAUUGCAUCAGUUCUACACACAACUCGGAAGGAAAGAGGGUAAGCUUGCUCAACUGUUGGAUGAAGAUUGGUUACUAAGGGAAAGGAGAGAGACAUGUUUAAAGAGGCUUGAGUUGUACAAAUCUGCAAGAGACGAGAUCGAUUCAGUCUCCUGGGAAUGAUGAGAUCAAUUUGUUAAUAUACACUGUGUAUAUCUUAGAUCUUUCUCCUAAAUACGGAGACUGGUGUCUAUGUCACAAACCCUUGUAUGUUAGAGAUUUUUUUUUCCAGAUAACUAGCUCUUGAUCCCGUUCAAAGAACGGGCAAUUAAAUAGUGGUUGUUUAGUUGUCUUUUAAAAGUUCUAAUUUUAUUGAAUGCUUAUAAUUUGAGUGUGUAUAUAUGAACUAAAUGAUGAGUUGAUGUUGAAUGGGAAAUAUGA